AAGUUGUAUCUUUGGGAGUGCAGAGCACGUUGUGGGGUUUGUAGAAAAUUGCGGCGGGAAAAGUAAUAAUUUCACUUUAGUUUCAGCGUAUUAAGGGUCAAAAUGUCUGCCCAACUCUUCGUUGGAAGAUUGAGCAAACAGACACGGCAAAGGGAUGUUGAGGAGGUUUUCAGAAGGUACGGCCCCAUGCUGAGAUGUGAACUGAAAUACGGUAAGCAUGGAACUGGAAUGGCCUACGCCUUUAUUGACUAUGAAGACCGCAGAGAUGCCGAGGAUGCUUUGAAAUUUGAAGACCGCCAGGAAAUCUGUGGGCAGAGCAUCGUCGUAGAGUGGGCCCGCGGACCGAAACGUGGUGUGAGCGAUGAUGAGUGCUACAAGUGUGGCGGUAUCGGCCAUUUUGCCCGGAACUGCCGCAGUGAGAGCAGAGGCUACCGUGGAGGCUUUGGAGCUAGCUAUAGCAGGUCAAGGUAUCGUUCACGUUCUCGUUCCCGUGAUCGCAGACGACGCAGCUACCGGUCCCGAAGCCGGAGCCCCGUGCGCAGACGAAGUCGCAGCCGUGACCGCAGCCGUGAUCGCAAGCGCAGAAGCCGCAGCAGGGAUCGCCGACGUAGCCGUAGCCGCAGCCACCACAAGAGGACCCCGAGUCGUAGCCGCAGCAGAAGCCAUUCCCCUCGGAAAAGCCGUAGUCGUAGCCCUAGCCGCAAGCGCAGCGCUAGUCCCAGACGAAGCCGCAGCCACCGGGGCAGCGCAAGCCCAAGACGCAGUCGCAGCCGCGGCAGUAGCCGGAGUCGCAGCCGCUCCCGAAGCCGCAGCCCGGAGCAGAACGGCAGCCGGGAAAGCCGCAGUGCCAGUCGCAGCGACCGAGACUAAGCCGUGGCGGCCGAUCCGCGGGAUCCCGUCCAGAGCAGCCCUGAAGACCUCAAAUCCAAUGAGCGAGUUUGGUAUUCCAAGAACGCAUGCGCA